AUGUCACAGCCUAAGCGAUCGAGCACUCCCGACGCCGGGGCCAGCUUCACGCCGCCAACGGCCGAGAACCGGGUUCACGCCGCUGUGGCUGACGCCGAGGGGCCACCCCGCCGUCCUGCGCACAGAAUCUCACCGACCAAUACCUCCCCGCGUCAAAACUUGCGACGAAGCCGUCGUAUCUUCGAUCGAAAGAACGGCUCCGGGAGCUUCAGUGUCUCGGCGAACUACCUCAGCCUGGCGGAGCUGAAGAAAAACGCAAAGGCCGAAGAAUCUAACGCAAAAGCUGAAGGAUCCAAACGACCUCGCCAUUAA